AUGAGGUCUGUCGUGGAGAUAGAUGAUCAGCGCGCACUUGCGCAGAUUGUACACAACAUCUGGAUGAGGCGACGCACGCUGAUAGCCGAGUCCCUGCGUAUUCGGCCAAUAGAACGGGGCGAUGUCCAAGCGGCGAGCAUCGUCUUGACACGCGCCUUUGCAACUUCAGCGGAAGCCGUCCCCUUGGCGGAAGUCCUUAAAGACAUCGACUCCAUGCUUUUAGCUGAUCCCGGACCCGCCGCUGACUCCAGCUCAGACCCGUCCACAACCAGCGGAAGAUCAGUAGCACCCGAUGGGUACUUCCUAGUGGCCCGGCUCUAUCCCAGGGAUCCGCAGCAGGCGCCUUUGCCGCCUGGCCAGGACUCUCGCCUCGUUGGCACCGCCGCCGUUUCCUUUUCUGCCGAGUCCCAACCCGUGCGCCGCCUGCCGCCCGUCAACUUGCCCCCUUCGGGCGGUGCCUAUGUCUCCAACAUGGCGGUAGACCCACGGGUCCGACGUCGGGGCGUGGCAAGGGCGCUGCUUACGGCAUGUGAGGAGCUGGUAUGGACCGCGGGCCGGCGGGAGGUCUGGCUGCAUGUGCGCGAGGUGGAUGCGGCCGCACGGACGCUGUACGACAGCGCUGGGUACGUAGCGGCGGCGAAGGACUCCUGGCUGGACACGAUUAAGCAUGGCGGCAUGCGACCGCGCAUCCUGAUGCGGAAAGAGCUGCAUAAAAACUCGUGUUGA